GUUUCGUCGAUGAUGGUACUUGUCUCCUCCGGCCAACAACAAAACCUUUGCCCUUAAGCGAACUUGCUCGUUUUUUUUUUUUUUUUUUCAAUCGUUCGUUCGAUCCCUUCGUCUGCCGAUCCAACGGAGAUUUUUUUUGGGUGGGAAUCAUGUCUGAUGACCCUUCUUGUUCUAGCGACAAUAACACAAACAGCAGCAAUGAUUGUGAUUCUGGUAACUUUGAAUGUAACAUCUGCUUAGACUUGGCUCAAGAUCCUAUUGUUACUCUCUGUGGUCACUUGUUCUGUUGGCCUUGUUUAUACAAAUGGCUCCAUCUCCAUUCUCAGUCUAAGGAAUGUCCCGUUUGCAAAGCCCUGAUCGAAGAAGAUAGAUUGGUUCCUCUGUACGGUAGGGGUAAGUCCUCUGCUGACCCUCGGUCCAAGUCUAUCCCUGGGCUCGAAGUGCCUAACCGUCCUUCUGGGCAGAGACCCGAGACUGCACUGCCUCCUGAUCCGAAUCAUGGUUUUGCUCACCAUCAUCAUGGGUUUGGAGGGUUCAUGGGAGGUUUUGCUGCUCCCAUGGCGAGUGCGAGGUUCGGGAAUGUUACUCUGUCUGCAACGUUUGGCGGUUUGAUUCCUUCCUUGUUCAACCUCCAUUUCCAUGGAUUCCCUAAUGCAGCCAUGUAUGGAGCUGCUGCUUCUGGUAGCUUCCCUCACGGGUUCUCUAAUCCGUUCCAUGGAGGAGGACACUCGCAUAUGCAUAGUUAUCAACGGCACACCGGUCUAGAUAGACAACAAGACCAUCACUUGAAGAUAUUGUUUCUCGUUCUUUUAGUUGUCCUUGUGUUUUCCUUGAUCUUGGGCUAGUGAGGAUUAAUCGAUUAGCACUUUAUAUUCUAGAUCUGGUUUGCAUAAAACCUGAGAAAAUAUGCUGUGCUUUCCUGAUUUGGCUUGUAAUCUGCUACUUAGCGAAUUGUUCAUAUAUUAAUACUUGUUGGAUUCUCUUACUAUUGUUACUUGAAAGAUUUGACUCGCGAGACUCAAUACUAAAGUUUUUUUUUUU